CAUUGAAAUGGCAGGUGAAAUUUAUCUUGCAGCAUGUUUUGAUGAAAGUGGUUGCCAAUGUUGUCAACUUUCCUAGUUUGUUCUCUCGCCAGCAUUGUGCUGACGGAUUGUCUUUUUCAAAAGCUCACUUAGAUUUAGCUCUCUAUGGAUCUGCUCCCCUGUCGGCACCGGCGUAAUGGCAAGCCUGCCACAACGACUUUUCUUCAGCACCAUUUUUGUCCUCGUGUCGGCUCUGGCUUCGAACUCUCGAAGUGCCCAUCACUGGAAACUGGACAGCGAUGGCACGAUCGUGGAAGUACAGAACAAAUCAGGGAGCUCUGACCCAUUGUUUGUACUUCUAAACAGCCGUUGCGGCACAGAGGGCAUGACAGAACUCUCACCUAGUACCCUGCCAAUUCCUGCUGUGCACUCCCCGUUGUCGUCGGACGACCGGGUGGAUUUCAGUGAUUCGCGUUGGCGAAGUGCUGGGGAUGACGAGGGGGAUGAGGAUAUCCGCAUCACCGUCACGACUACUACCGCUGGCAUCCUGGGUAGCAAUGCGCUGAAGUCAUCCUCGGCGUCAAAGCCCAGCUUACCUGCCAGCUCCAGGCAGGCUACUACUAGUGCCAGUGGCAAUGGUGAUGGUGAUAGCAACCAGGACUCAUCACUCUCCACAUUUCUGCUGCAUAACCAGGGACUGUCGGUGGUGGAUAGCUCCGGUACGUACUUCCCUCGCAACGGCAAGCUUCUCUUGAAUGGCCUCUCGACAACGGACAGUAAUGCUGAUGAGGCCGGUAGCCAGACUAUGCCAGUUUACAGCCAACUGAACUUGUCCAACCCACUCACAUGUGGCCCACCAGUAUCAUCCACACGCUAUGACUCGUUGCAAGCUCUAAAGCAUCGUGAUGAAUAUCCUGUCCUGCAAGAGCUGGAAGUGGCGGUCAUCUUCAAGAAGAUGAACUCCAACAUCAUCAACUUAACCGCUGUGGAAAUUGAUUUGCAGGAGGCCCUCAGUGCGGAGGCGAAGCCGUCACUGGCACUGCUCAAUGAGCUUGGUAACUUCUGGCGCGUCCAAGGCAACACCCUGGAGGCGGUGGAGUGCUUUCGCGCCGCUCUGCACCAGCAACCGGACAAUGCUGACGUUCUACUGAACCUUGCGCGCCUGCUACUCAACAUGGGUUACGUUCAGGAUGCUAGGGCUCUUGCUCACAAGUCACUGGCAGUGGCCUCGCCAGAGCACAACAGCUGGUUACAGCACUUUACAUUGGCAGAUACAUAUGAGCGGAGUGGUUCCCAGGAGGAUACCAUUCGAGAGCUGUCACACACGCUGGACCUCAACCCUGGAUUCAAGCCCGCUGAAAUGCUUCUAUCGCACCUGAAACUCAAGCAUCAUGUGAGUGGUGGGUUUGAUGGCUACCUACUCUGCACUGUCUCUAUCAUCGUCUUGCUUUCUGGCCUUGUUCUAAUGCUUCUGCGUUCUCUACUGGUGCAAAACCAGGCUACCGCAGCACAGCCAAAGCCACCCGACACGAAUGGAGCAUCUUCUGCAGCUGCCUUUUCUGCACUGUCUUCUUCCGAAUGUUGUCACUGCGCUGCUGUCAGUGGCAAUGGUAGCAGCAAUGGCAGCAACACUAGCAGUGUGGAUAAACCAGUGCUUCUUCAGCAACACAACCACACUUUGGAAAGGUGCAGGCCGCCCGAUGUUGACAGUACUGAUGCGGAAACUCAGUGUGUUGCUGCUGCUGCCGCCGCUGCCUCACACAGUGACAGCAGCGACUUAGACUCGCCUGAUCAAAAUAUGUCUAGCUUGCGCCAUCGCAAGGCUUUGUACAAAUGGAUUUCCGGCUAGAACAUGCGCACAAACGUGCGCGAAUACACACAUACACGCACAUACAUACACACACACAUCUUUUCUCUCUGCUCGUACUCGCCAAUACACAUGCAGUGUGCCUGUAUUGGAGUUGUUAAAGUUCUGUUGAGACAACAUGCAGUAGCACCCGCUGCAUUGAGCUAAAGUUGAGGACAAUCAUGCUAUAGGACUCUUCUAUUUUACUGUUUCAUUGUUUCCAGUCUGACCCGUUGAGUACUGGUGUUUCAUCUUAUUAUACAAUGGUCACUUCUUGGUGUUCAAUUUAUUAUUGCCCAAUCUGACCUGUUGGAGUUCCAUCUUGUUGCCGAGUGGUCAUGCUAACAAUUUAAUGUUUUACAUCUUUUUUUAAAGCUUUUUCUUGACUUCAUUUUGAGUUGAAUAUUUGGUAGCCUUGCAUGCUACCUUAGCUUCUCAAAGCUCUUCACUCUGUUUUAAUACAACUUCUGACGCUUUCAGUAAGUUUUUUUCCUAGCCGUGUUUGUGAAUUCGAAUCAUAACAAGAAUAG